GACACGAUGGAAACAAACUUGGUGCGCGUACUGGAGGGACAGUAUCUGGACGAGCUGACGAGCGAGUUGUGCGAUUUUACGCUAGAAGAACAGAAUGCGGCCACCGAAGCGCAGGGCGUAAAACCGCUGGCCUCCUCCGACUAUGUGCCGAUCGUCGGCAAAACGGUCACGUACGUGGUAGCGUGCGUGAUCGUGAACGACAGCAACGAGGUGCUGAUGAUGCAGGAAGCAAAAGAAUCGUGCGCCGGCAAGUGGUACCUACCGGCUGGCCGUAUGGAACCAGGUGAAACAAUCGUCGAAGCGGGCGUCCGGGAAGUGCUGGAAGAGACGGGCCUGAAGGUGGAGAUUACCACGCUGCUAGCGGUCGAAACGGCCGGUGGAUCGUGGUUCCGUUUCGUACUAACCGGCAACGUAGUCGGUGGUGAACUGAAAACUCCUUCCCAAGCAGACCAAGAAUCCAUUCAAGCGAAAUGGUGUCAAAAUCUUAACGAACUAUCACUCCGGGCGAACGAUAUCCUUCCGGUGAUCGAGCUAGCCCGCAACUAUCGCAAACGAGUGCCGAAAGAUCCAAACUGGCACCGGGAAAUAUUGCCCGCGCGAAAGGCACACUACAAAAACUAUCUACGGGUGGUGGUAGCAAUCAAGAACAAAACCACCAACCAGGUGUACGUGUUGCUGAGCGAAAAGACAGCUUACCACUUUCCAACGGUGGAAAUUCACCCGGGGCGCAGUAUUCAUUCCACGCUGAAGAAGUUUAUGAUUGAACUGUUUGGAGCGGAUCUGCCCCAGCACCGGCCACACGGUGUGCUGAGCGUGGAGCAUCAUACGAGUGGGUCGCAGGCGAACCCAACCGACGGACUAUGCCUAACGGUGUUGGUCAUUUGUCGACCAUCGAUCGAAUCGGUUUCACUGAUCGGGAAAUGCAUUUGGCACGAGCUGAGCAAAGACCUGAGUGCGCGGUUGGCAAUGGCGGUUGCAGGAAAAAAUGCCACCUUCCAGCUGCACGUGGUACGAUGAGAUGGGUGGUUGUUG